AUGAAAGUCCGCAAACUAAGCGUUUUGGCCAAAUGCUGCCUUGUCCUGCAAAUGCUGUUGAUACUGCUGCUCGGCCUGAGUGCUGUUCAGGGCCGGCGUGCCACACAUUUGAAGCAACGACUCGCUGUGCUCUCGCCAGCCCAAAUGCUAAAGGAAUACAGCACUGAGACUCUCAAUGUCAGCUCUGCGGAGCAGCUGGAGGCGAGCAUUGUAUCCUGGACGGGCGAGCGGAUAACGCAACGCAAGUCCAGCUCCACGGGUCGUGGUCAGAAUACGCGUCGUCGUAAAACCAAAAGUGGCCUCCUGAUUGAAAGUAACAUUGGCAGCGGCGAGUCAGAGAUAGCAGCUGCUUCCUCAGAGAUCAGAAUUGGCAAGAAGUCCAAACAGCGCGGACGCAAUGGACGGCUCCAGAGAACGGACGGCAAAUCGAAUGCCAAUGAUAUGCGUCUGCGCAACACCCAACAGGCAGAUGAGGCCAUCAGUGCUGGAGGUCUCUAUCCGCCGCUGUUCAAUGUCGCGCCGCGCGCCUCGAUCACAGUGAACGCAACUUGUGGCCAGAACGGAGCCGAGGAGUAUUGCAAACUGGUCGACGCCUAUCCGCAUCGCAAUUGGGCCAAGCACUGCGGCACCUGUAAUGCGCACAGCUCCGAUCGGGCCAAGCAGCGACCCAUCGAAUCGCUGAUCUCGUCGAGCAGCAGCUUUGAGGAGAGCUGGUGGCAAUCGCCCACGCUGCAGGGUGGCCGCCAGUUUGAGUAUGUGACCAUCACGCUGGAUCUGAAGCAGGUGAGUGCUGCCGCUGGGUCACAAAUGCGUCUCAGGCAUUCGCUAAUCACAUGUGACAGUCGAGCUGUGAUCCAGUUUGUAAUUAAGCCGCUGACUUGUCACUCAUUUACAAGCGAUUUAACGCCCAGUUCCAUGAUCCAUCCAUCCAACCAUCCAACCACGUUCCCUGGCGCUUGUCGCCGAUCAUUAGACGCUGUGCGCAUGAAAUAUGAUCGCAGUGGACGGCGAUCGAGUUUGGAACCGGUCAAUAGGUAUUACAUUCUAAUGCUCAAAUGGCAAGCGUAAAUUUGCUUUGAUGCUGCUUUGAUUAAGUCAUAUCGUCUUACGGCCAAGCCGCAACUUUCUUCAGUUAUUAAUGACACGACAUUGAUUUCCGGGUUGGGCCAUAUAUUUAUAGAGAGAUUAAGAGUAUCCGAGUGUAAGUGGAUCUUUAUCUGCUGUUCGUGUAUUGUAUUGUGUACUGUACUACAGUUGUAAUAUUAUCUAGUAUUUCUUCAUAUUUCUUGUAGUUUGUAGUUUAAGAAAAGAGAUUUGAAGUUCAAUUAAAACUUGAAACUCAUGAAAGCCGAAUAUAGACUUAUAUUAAAUACAAAAAAAUCUCCGCUCUGCUGCCACAAAAUCUCCCUCAAGUACUUUGACAGCACGAAGAACAUGCAACUCCUUAAAAUCCACUCAAAUGUGAAAUUCACUAUAAAAUACAUUGUUGUUUUCAUACUGACAUCCAUUUAAAGUACAGCAACUUGCCAUCCCACAACACAUUUUUGAACUUUGGACACUUCCAACAGCA